UCAGAAGAGAAAACAAGUACCCACUCAACCUACCCUGUGUGGAUACAAAUAUAAAUAAUAUGGAUUGAACAUAAGGCCUCUGGACAGACGCGUCACGGCUAUCCGACCCUUCAUUCAUAGAGGAAAUGCACAGUCUAUGAGGAAAUGGCAGCCGUGAAUCAUCUUGGUAUUUUACUUCAUCUUUGGUUAUAGUAUCUGGGAGAACAGCCAUUUUCGCCUCCCAGUUGUCACAUUUGAAGUACAUCUAUGAUUUUUUUUUUUUUUUUUUUUUUUACUGAAUAAAAGUUUUAACGGGGAUGACCAGUCAGUAACAGCCAACACUGGACACAUUAAGAGCUUUCUUGCUGUCUUCCAUUGUCAAGUGACAGUCUGGCGCGUAUGAAACUAGGCAAUGUCCACCAUGGUGUAUCCUCGUGAAGAAGCCCUGGAGCGACUGAGCCAGGAUGAGAUCGUCCUCAACACAAAGGCCGUCAUGCAGGGCCUGGAGACCCUGCGCGGGGAGCACGCCCAGCUCCUCAACUCGCUGCUGGACUGCACCCAGCCGCCCGUCGCCCAGGAGAAGUCCGGGCUGCUCCGCAAAAGCCUGGAGGCCAUUGAACUCGGUCUGGGAGAGGCACAGGUGAUCAUUGCCCUGUCCAGCCACCUGAGUGCCGUGGAGUCGGAGAAGCAGAAGCUGCGCGCCCAGGUGCGUCGGCUCUGCCAGGAGAACCAGUGGCUGCGGGACGAGCUGGCGGGGACGCAGCACAAGCUGCAGCGCAGCGAGCAGAGCGUCGCCCAGCUGGAGGAGGAGAAGAAGCACCUGGAGUUCAUGAAUCAGAUAAAGAAGUUUGACGACGACGUGUCGCCCUCGGAGGAGAAGAGCCAGAGCUCUGGAGGAGGUGGAGGCGGCGGGAGCGGAGGAGGAGACACUUCAAAGGACAGUUUGGAUGACUUGUUCCCCAACGAUGAUGACCAGGGACCAGCCCAGCCCAGCGGAGAGGUGGCGGCCCAGCAGGGAGGUUACGAGAUCCCGGCACGCCUCAGGACGCUGCACAACCUGGUGAUCCAGUACGCCUCGCAGGGGAGGUACGAGGUGGCCGUGCCGCUGUGCAAACAAGCCCUGGAGGACCUGGAGAAGACGUCUGGACACGACCACCCGGACGUGGCCACCAUGCUCAACAUUCUGGCCCUGGUGUACAGAGACCAGAACAAGUACAAAGAAGCAGCUCACCUCCUGAAUGACGCCCUGGCCAUCAGAGAGAAGACGCUGGGGAAGGAUCACCCGGCUGUGGCCGCAACUCUCAACAACCUGGCUGUGCUGUACGGCAAGAGGGGCAAGUACAAGGAGGCUGAACCCCUCUGCAAGAGAGCGCUGGAAAUCAGAGAGAAGGUGCUGGGGAAGUACCACCCUGAUGUAGCCAAGCAGCUGAACAACUUGGCCCUGCUGUGUCAGAACCAGGGCAAGUACGACGAGGUGGAGUACUACUACAGACGAGCUCUGGAGAUCUACGAGUCCAAACUGGGAGCUGACGACCCCAACGUGGCCAAGACCAAAAAUAAUCUGGCCACGUGCUACCUGAAGCAGGGGAAGUUCAAGGACGCCGAGGCUCUGUACAAAGAGAUCCUGACCAGGGCACACGAGAAGGAGUUUGGAUCUGUCAAUAAUGACAACAAGCCGAUCUGGAUGCAUGCAGAGGAGAGAGAAGAGAGCAAGGGUAAGCGCAAGGAUUCAGGCCCCUAUGUCGAGUAUGGGAGCUGGUAUAAGGCCUGCAAGGUGGACAGCCCGACAGUGAACACAACCCUCAAAAGCCUGGGAGCUUUGUACCGUCGCCAGGGCAAACUGGAGGCGGCAGAAACACUGGAGGAGUGCGCCAGCAAGUCACGUAAACAGGGUAUCGAUGCCAUUAACCAGAGUAAGGUGGUGGAGCUGCUGAAGGACGGAGGAGCUGGAGGGAGCGACAGACGACACAGCAGGGAAGGAGUCAACGGACCAGGGGGACAGCGGGGGGACAGCGAAGGUGACGACUCAGCUGAGUGGAACGGGGAUGGUAACGGGUCUCUGCGUCGCAGCGGCUCUUUCGGGAAGAUUCGUGAUGCUCUGAGAAGGAGCAGCGAGAUGCUGGUGAAGAAGCUGCAGGGGAGCGGACCUCAAGAACCUCGCAACCCAGGAAUGAAGAGAGCAAGCUCCCUCAACUUCCUCAACAAGAGCACUGAGGAGACCACACAGGACGCCAACUCUGGACUGUCAGACUGCAGGGGACUCAGCGCCAGCAACGUGGACCUAUCCAGACGCAGCUCCCUGAUUGGCUAGACAGCGGCAGGAGGAGGUGGGACUCAGGAGGCGCGGAGCGGCCCGACGAGGAGAGGCUGUUUGCAGCUUGGUUUGAUCAAACAAACACAAUUACAGCUCAAAGCAUCAAACACUUGCACCUGCAGCAUAUUUUUAAAGAACACCCACAUUAAACAUCAUCCUGUAAGACACAGCCGCCGCUGCUGCUGCUUCACUGUACAAACCGCUGCCAUCAAUCAGAAAAGAGAAUAUUUAGAUACACAUAUAUCAGCAUGCUGCUUACUAGAACGUGGAAUGUCUGCACCUGAACACCUCGUGUGUUUGUUUGGUUUUUUUUUGACUCAUAGCACCGUAGCAAAGCGUCGUAUCCACAUCGUGACGAGUCCUUUUCCUCGAUCUACUCGCGUGCAGACAUUCAACCUUAGGUAGGCUAAAUGUACCCUGGUUUCAUUUCAAAGAGAGAGGUGUUGCACUCUGUAUAUUUCACCAGUAGCAUGAAGUAUUUGCUGAUGCUAACCACCCAUCGAAUGCAUAUCACUGACAUAAAAAAAAAAAACAUAAAAUCCGAUUAGAUUUUAACCGUAAGGAAGCAAAGGUAGAAAAGAUAAUACAAUACUAUCUUUGGGGAUUUUCAGAAAGCAACAGCACUAAUCAUUUAAACCUCACUUUUUGCCUUCUUGUUUUUUUAUGUAUAUACAGUUUUAAAUUAUUUGAUAUUUCAUUCUUUGUAUAUAGUGCACCUUGACUUUUGUUUUUCUUUUUUGUUUACACUUUAUUGCGUUAAAGAGAGUCUCAGCUGGAAAAAACACUACUUAUCCAAAGGGGGAAAGACUGGAAAAGAAGGAGAGGAAGAGAGGGACAGAAGGAGAGAAAAUACUGAAAUGGGCGCUUAGUUAAUCAUGUCAAUGAAAAGGUCAAAACAUGCUGAUUCAGUUUUUAGUACCUCAAUCACUGAAAUCUACUGACGUUCAGAAUAAGCUACCGAACCAUGAAGGUUUCAGUCUAAACUGUUACAAAGCACUUUGAACUCGACAGUACUGUAUAUCUAGCUGCCAUUUGGUAACUACAGAGCAGACUGGGAUGGCAAUAUCCUCUACUAGCCACACUUGGGGCAAAAAAUUGACUUUCUUGGUACUUUAUGGGUCAGUUUGAAAGUAAAUUUACAAUAUGUGGUGCAAGACGUUUUAUCAAACACUAUAAUUAUUACUUUCUUCUCCCACUGAUUCAUUUUAAAUCGAAUUACGUAAAACAGCCAUAAGUCUGAAGGAUAUUGAAGGAAAAUGAUGUGAAGAGAUAUUUAAAAAUAAUUUGUUUACAAUCAUUACAGCAGGAUGUUAAAGGCAGAAUCAGCCCUGAUUUAAAAUUAUGGGUAACUACCUUUGUUCAAAGCUGAUGCGGUGCCUCAGCUACAGUAUGUUUACUUUCAUUAAUGGGAUUCUUGUGAGUUUUUUUUUGGUUUUGUUUCCCUCGUUUACUGUUACUGAAUAUGUCAAAUUUUUGUAUGAAACAAUCCUCAGUGCUUGGUUUUUAAACGCUGACUCGGAUGGAUUUCAUCAGUCGUAAUCAAAAGACUGGUGUCCGUGCAUCCUCGGCGAAUGCUGUCGUGCUGAAGCGUUUUCCUGAGCUUUUUACGUUGGAAAGGUACCGAAAACGGAUUAUUUGAAUGUUACAUUUUAUGUUGAUGGCGGGCGCGUGCUGGCGUUUACACUGGAAUUUUUUUUUGCGUGUUUUGCUGGGAGAGGAGAUGAAACUCCACCAAAACGAGACCAAUACAAAGAAAACUGUCCACAGAAUGUACACGUCUUAUCAUGUGAAGUCGAAAUCAGACUCGACUGAUCGGAUUGUUGAGAAAAUGCCUUUUUUUCUUGUAACCCUUCUUUAACCCUUCCUCUAAAAAAAAGGUAAAUUCUAGUCAAUCUGAGUGUGAUUUUAAAAAAAAAGAAAAAAAAGAAGAAGAUGCAGGUUUGUUGUGAAGGAGUUUUGUCAGCGUUGUUGCGUUCACACCAUCGCCACACGCCCAAACAAACUGAAGUCGCUCUUCUUGAAAUCACUUCGCCGAGUCUAAAAAGUGCUAAUUAUUCUAUCAGCUUCUGAUUGUGCUGAAUGUGUAAAGUGGAUGUAAUGUAGAAAUGUACAGCAGAGGGAGAGAAGGAGUAAAGUAAGUGUGUUAAAGCGGGAAGAAGUGUUAAAAAAAGGAAAUGAAAGUGCAUUGGAAGGACAUCAGGAGAGCAAAAGUGCUUAAGUGUCGUUCGCAGCAAAUAAUGUACAGAAUUAUCCGUGUACGACCUUUAUAUGUAUGUUUACUGUAUGUCACGUUCACACACACAUACACACACACACGUAAGAAUUAUGUGAAGUUCCUUUAACAGCACACACAAUCUCAACACCAUGUAGUUGUGUUAUAAAGUUAGUGGAACACUAAUUCGUAGGCCAAAAAAAAAAAAAGAAGAAAAAAAAGCUCUAGACGCAUCACUGCUCCUUAUCAAUACACACACCAAUACUAAUCAAUCCUUCACGGUAUUAAUCAGUCACUCAUUCACCCCUGGGCUGGCACAGUGUUCGUGCUCCUGUGGGAGUUUCUGGAAUCACAGACUCCAUAAAUAUAUGAACAUUAACACACACAUUUAGCUCAGUAAAAUAGAUGAGAAAAAAAAUUGUUGGUGAUUUGACUUUGGAUAAAAUCAGAUCUGUUCUCUAAUGUCCAAAUAUUUAUGGAGAUCAAUACGUGUGCUCAGAGCCGUGGAUGGUAAAUGUUGGGAGUUUGAGGGUCAUGUAUAUGUGUGGUGGGGGGGCCACUAACUCAGCUCCUGUAUUGCUGAUGAUAAGAUGGAUCUUAUUGUGAAGGGGCCAACCUUAUGUGUAUUUUAUCAACGGUUCAAUAAAAACAUAUUCCACUUUUCAAA